AUGUUUAACUUGAACCAAGAAGAGAGCCUGGAGCAGCCAAAAUGCAGCUACCAUAUUACUGACCCUAGAGUAUUUGAAUCACUGAAUAUGUCCUUCUACCAUUUCAGGAAAGACCAAUGCAGUCUUUGUUUGUCGUACAGGGAAGGCGAUGAAAAAAAAAUUAGAGCUUCAAGAUGCAUAUACUGCAAAUGUCGCCGAGAAAAACAUUGUGUGCAAAAAGAAGGAGGAUGUAAGGAAAUGUCCAAAAACAACCCAGAUUUAAUAGCUGCUGCUGUUUUUGACAUGCAACAAGUUCUAAAGUUACCUAAAGUAAAGCAUAGAGGUAAAGAAAAAUGCAUUGUCUUAUCGUCGUCGUUGGUCAAUAUUUACCUUCAGUAUUCACAAUAUAGGCAAUAG